UUUGUGGUGCUUCGAAGGAACCGCAUUUCGUUUCAGAGAAUCAGAAAUUAGAACUGGGGUUUGUCUCCCUCGCCGCCGCCACCGCCGCCGCCGCCAUGGCUUUCGCUCUACGGCCUCUUCCCCGGCGCCUCCUCCGCUCUAUCCACUGCUCCAAUCCCCUCUCCACCUCCACCUCCGCCUCUCCUCACGACGUUCACGAGCUCCUCCGCAUCCAACGCAUCCUCAAUCCCGCCACCACUACCCACUCCCCGCAAAACCAAGAACACCCGCGAGCCACCACCGACCUGCACGACCUCCUCCACCGCACGGCCGGUCUCACCGCCGCCGAGGCUACCUCCUUUCUCCGCGGUAUACCCAACACCGACCGCCUGGGCCGCCUACUCCGGGAACUCCGUGGCCUGCGCCUUCACGGAGACGAGAUCAAGAACGCCCUCGAGUCCGACCCAGACGGACUCCUCUCGAUGGAUCCCGGUGAGCCGUCUCGCCUCGUCGAGCUCCUGGACGGGCUCCGCUGCCGGGGCGCCGUCAAGGACCGGGUCCUCUCUCACGGAGUGCUCUGGGCCGCAAUCGCCGCGAGACAGCGGGUCGAGCUCCUGCACGCGCACGGGCUGAACCGGCGGGAUGCGCUGAGGGUGCUCUCUGUUGAGCCACGGGCGAUUCUAUAUGACCUGGAGGAUGUGGAGAGGAAGUUGGAGUUCUUGGUGAACCGGAUGGGGUUUGAGAUUGGGUGGCUGGUGGAGUACCCGGAGUUCUUGGGGGUGAAUCUCGACAGGUGGAUUAUCCCGCGGCACAAUGUGCUGGAGUACUUGGCGUCAGUCGGCGGGCUUGGGGAUCCCAUUGAGAUGAAGCAUUAUGUGAGGUUCAGUCGCCAGCAGUUCUACAAUAUGUUCGUGAAGCCGUACCCGGAGUGCGAGAGGAUUUUCGGUGGGCUGGUCAGGGAGAGGAAGAAUGAGGUGAGGCGGUGGCAUCCAGUGGGGCUGUGGAAGCUGUUUAAGCCGACGAAGCAUGAGAGCACUGAAGAGGAUGUGAAGAACAUGAAGUUUGUUGUGGAGUCACUUCAUUAGCUCGAGAAGAAGAAUGAGGUGAGGCAGCGGCAUCCUGUGGGGCUGUGGAAGCUGUUUAAGCCGAUGAAGCAUGAGAGCACUGAAGAGGAUGUGAAGAACAUGAAGUUUGUUGUGGAAUCAGUUCAUUAGCUCUGUUCUUUCCAAGAUAAUACCAAUUAAAUGUGAAUUUGAAUUGGAUUGCGUAUGAUUCUGGAGAGAUUUAUGAUGGUUAUGUUGCACUUGGUAUUGUCGAAGAGUGUUUGUUCAAUUGAAAUGCAUUGUGCCAACUAAAUGGCAUUUGUGUUGAAUAAAUACGAAAGGAAUUACCAUUUCGGAACACAUCUUUGGAAGGAAUUCCACCGUUGAUCAGGGUCCUGAUGAAAACAAGACCUAGAUUAAGGCUGAGUUGAAUUAUAUUGGCCCCGUCAUGUUAUGAUGAUAGCAAGGCAGAGAACAGGUUGAUGAUAGCUGUCAACUUUAUGGAGCUUAUCUCAAGUUAUCAAUGAAUGAGUGAUGAUAUUUCUUUCUGUACAUUUUGAGGAACUUAUGAUCAUCAAGGAAGAACAUUCUAUUGAGAGUGUCCUAUUGUCGUGGAGCUUGUGAUUUAGGUAGUCUUACCUUUUCAGAGAAGAUACACUUCCUGCAAGCUUAGUGCUGAGUCCACUGGCGUAUUGGAGGAAGAAAGAAAUUGGUAGGUGCUGAAAAUGACAAGGACCAACUUAACUUUACCUGCAGGCUACCGCCCAAGCUGCUGGCAUCAUGACAGGAAAUAAAUAGUGGUAAGGGUUGUCUGGCCAUCCAAUGCCUCUUAAUUCGGAAAAACAAAUCACGGGCGUGAUGUCCUCCAAUCAGGACCACUGCUGCAGCACCUUUGUGUUGUCAGCAAUAAUGACAGUGUACACAAUGUUGCCAAAUUUCGCUUCACAUGCAAGAAAGAUUGUUUGUGCUGCAUUCUUGCUUUAAUGAAGCACUUCAAAAGCAAACGGGAGAGUUAAACUUUUGAUUGAUGGGCUACACACCAUCGUGGACAAAUUUUCACCAGAAGAUCUAUUCCAUGAUAAGCUGCUAUAAAAGCAGAUGUAAUUCACUGUCUUGUUAAUCCAUCGUAGAAAUUAGAGAGCUAGUUAUAUCUGCAGAAGAAAAGGUGGAUGGGGAUGAAGAAAAUAUCUCUGCUGUAUAUAAUCAUAGUGAUCCUGGUCUUAUGCUGCCUCAUGCGUGUAUCAAGUACUGAAUCUCUCCAUGGUAAUCUUCUCAAGCUCUAAUCUGUUGCAUAUUGAAUGUGAAUUUCUGCCAUUCAGGUUUAAGAAUGUUGCAGGAAAGUAAAGCAACUCCAAUCUCCAUCACAACAACUCAGACAAUCAAUGUUGAGGGAACAGAAUUUGUCCACGGUGGAAAUAUGGGGGUUGAGCUCAAUGAUUACCCUGGUUCGGGCGCAAACAACUGCCACUCGCCGCACUCUGAUGGCACCAGAUGAAAGGAACAACAGCCAAACCAGAACUACUUCCGGUUCCAGGGUUGACUGUCACAGAUUGUUGUUCUGAUGAUCUAAGCAUGCAUAUUCUUGCUUUCAUAAGCAUAUGAAAAUUUAACAGGUGGCAGCGGAAUAGUGCCAUUUCUGUGAUGCCAUGCGUACAAGAAAAUCAUUUGCGAUUUCUUGGAAGGAGAAGAGUUCAAGCCAAGUAGUUUUGUAAAUAACGAUGUGCGUUGAUCAAUCAUGUAAUGAAUCGACCGAUGUUCUAAGUCUUGGAAGUUGGAAUCUGGCGUUUGAACUUGUAACACUCCCCUUGCUUCUGGACUUCAUGUUUGAAGAUUAUUCCUUGUUCCCAGAA